AUGCUCGGCCUCCGGCUCGUGAGCUCCGUCGCCACCAUGCUCGUGGCCACAAUGCUUGGUCUCCGGUCGACGGACGAGGUAGCUCUCACUGGGCCAAAGGUUGAGCUGAGGAAAUUCGCACGGCGCUUCUCGUCGAGCGUCAAGGUGAACGGUGACAUCGAUGUCCGCAGAUUUGUGUCUGCCGGGGAGGAGUUCUCUCACGCGGUCGAGCGGUUCGGCGACUUUACCAGGAGAGGCGUCGUUGACGCGCGGAAGAACCUGAAGCGAGUCGAGAAGGCCGCAGGCGGCCGGGUAGUAUCGAUGCAGGUGCUGCUGCGGGACGAGCUGCGUCGCGGCUCGCGGCACCCGAACGGGGGGCCAGCGCGGUCUACGGGGGCGGAGGCGCUGCUCUGGUCGCGGCUGUCGGUCUCGUUUUGGGUCGAGAUCUUCAAGGAGCACCUGCGGGGCAAGACGUCGCUGCCCGAUGCGACGCGGAGCGGGUUUGAGCGCUCGCUCGCCCGGUACCUCGACCGCUUCUCCCGCGCCGCCUUUGCCGCCGGGCUGCGGCAGAGCACCCCCGACUGGGAGGAGGUGCGCCGGCAUACGCACCUCGGCUGCGAGAACGGGCAGUGCUCGGACGAGACUCUGGCGGCGGAGCUGAAGGCGUUCGUGCGCGAGGUGGAGCCGGUGCUCGACCGCAUGGCGCGGCUGCAGAAGCAGGUCGGCCUGGAGGACCCGCGCACCCCGUAG